AUGCCGCGUUCGUCUCACAAAUACACUGCAGUUGAUCGGGAUGAUCAAGAGCUUUCGAACGAGGGUAAUAUCACCGCAAAUAGCCCCGAGGAAGAUCUGGAAUUACCCACAAACCCACCCGAAUAUGACAACGACAGAGCAGCAGAGUUCGAGAGGAGUAUGGAGCAUUUCGAAAUUAUAGACCCAUUUUUGGCGGAGAACAGCGUUGAAUCCAGUAAGGUAGAGCGUCUGAAGCUCAAAUUCCAACGUUAUAUUGUGGUGCCUGUUCGGGAACGAAUUACAGACCCAUUGGCCGUGGUAAUGGCCAUUAUAUCCCGCAAGUUCGAUUACUACUUGAGUAAGCUAGGGAACCCGCUCAUCUUAAGACGCUUUGUUUAUGUCCUGUUCGUUUCGUGCUUCAUUUAUUAUAUUACAUCCAGCGGACUUUUACCCAAUGGCACUGCAACUGGAUCUCGAGGAAUGUUCUCGGAUCAUCAACAACUAAUGACAUAUGCAAAACGGGCUUUAGACAUGUCCAAAAUGGAAAACGACCUAGAAUUCAUUAGCAGCAUGUCUCAUAUGGCAGGUACAAAGGGUGAUAUGGCCAUCGCACAGUACAUCGAGGAAGCGUUCAACAACAACGGACUACGGAUUGUUGGUGAUGCAGCCUUCGAUACGUAUCUGAACUACCCAGGGAAUGCUACAAUCAAUGUACAAUCUUCGUCAGGAAAGGUUUUGGAAUUGAAUCUCACUGGUCAGAACUUCAAUCCAUUGAGUGUGGAAGGAGAAGCCCUCAAUGCUAAACUCGCAUAUGCCCAUUUAGGGACCCAGCAGGAUUUCGACCUUUUAAACCAAAAUGGUUUCGCAGGCGAAAACACGGUUUUACUAAUGCGUUAUGACCUGUAUCCUGGCGAACAGGUCAAGAGGGCACAGGACCGUGGUUACAAAGGUGUAAUAUUCGUAUCUGAUGGAUAUGGCGAAGAGCAAAUAGACAGCGUGCAGCAGGCUUCUGUUCAGAACUUCCGUACUAGCAUGGGAGAUCCUCUUUCGCCAGGCUGGAGUUCUGCUUCGAAUAGGCGACUGCCGUUAGCAGAUUCUAGUAUAGUGCCCAAGAUACCCACUAUUCCAAUUUCGAGAAGACAAGGCGAGGACCUUCAAAAGCUGCUCGCCGAAAGUCAAGGUUUACAAUUCGAUGACGGCUGGUAUAGUGGUGCAGCAGAUGGAGUGACGGUAAACUUUAUGUUGAAACCGAUCGAAAGACAAGAGCAUACCUCCUGGAGUAUUAUUGGGAAAGUUGAAGGCCGAGAACAAGAUGACAAAGCCAUUAUCCUAAGUGCUGCACGGGACUCUGCUUGUACUGGAUGCACAUACCCAAACUAUGGAACUGCAACACUGUUAUCUUUGGUGCAAUUGUUCCAGCAGGCUAAGUACAAGUUCGGUUGGAAGCCUUUGAGGAACAUAUACUUCAUUUCCUUCGACGGAUCCGAGUACGGACAUGCUGGUGCUACCGAAUUCUUGGAAUCGGAUGCCUCGAAAAUAGGAGAAGAGGUUUAUGCUGUAAUCGAUAUAAGUCAACUCGGAAUUGACCCCAGUGGUCCAAAGCUAGACAUUCAAACACAUCCUCUACUUUUUGAGUUCUUCAAUGGUGACAAUUCAAUGAUGGAAUUUGAAAAAAAUGUUAGACAAGUCCAACAGUAUGGCGACUGGAGCGCCUACUCGACGAACGGUAUCCCUGUGGCAAUUCUUUCCGCUCCUCAUAUCUUAGAGCGAAAGUAUCCAAUCUACACUUGCGACGAUACUUUCGAGCUGUUUUCCAAAAAAAUGGACAGCGAAUCUUGGGAGCGCUCUUCGGACUUGACGCUAUAUGUCUUGCAAACUUGUCUCAAGUUGAUAGACUCGCCCAUGAUACCAUUCGAUGUUGAGAAGUAUGCAACGUCACUGAUAGCUUUGCUGGACGACUUGAAGGAAAAGUCUGGUGAAAUGGGGUUGAGUUUCCGGUAUUUGGCUGCAGAACUGGGCGCGUGGAAGCGGAUUGGAGAGCGCGUGAACUCUUGGGUUCGUACAUGGGAAAACAUGGUGCUGAUUGAAAACGAGGGAUUGGAACCUUCGUUACUGUCAGUAAGCCGGUGGGCAUUCAACAGGAGACUUACAAGCAUUGAGAAAUACCACUGUGCUGCGCAGGGACUACCGAAUCGCAGUUUCUACAAGAAUGUACUUUUCGGGCCAACUGCCAAGUACCAAGAUUCUCCGGGUUCUUGGAGCUUCCCUGGAAUAAGAGAUGCAAUAGUAGAUGGGGACAAGCCCCGUGCUCAAAACCAAAUCAUAAUUGCCGCAAACCUGCUUCAACAAUCUUCGGCACUUUUUCUUGACAAUUCUCAAGAAGUGUGA